GUGGUAGAGCAGUUGAGACCGGCAGAAAAUCUCCUCCGCCUUUAGACAGUUCCGGCCAAAACUAUGCCAGCAGUUGAUCCGCUGCCCGUGCUCUGCUCUGCUCUGCCGCCGUUGCCGCCGCUAGUCCGAGUACGAGUACAGAGAUGAUCCCGACGCGGCUGCUCUGCUGCUGCUACUUGCUGUGGUUCAUCUUCAUCGCCGUCGCCCCGCGCACGAUCGAUUCCAAGCUGGUGACCACCCUCCCUGGCUUCGACGGCCGCCUCCCCUUCCGCCUCCACACUGGGUACGUGGAGGUGGACCAGGGCACGGAACUCUUCUACUACUUUGUCGAGUCGGAGGCCGGCGGCGAGGGGGACCCUUUCCUUCUCUGGCUCACCGGCGGCGACCACUGCUCCGUCUUCAGCGGGCUCGCCUACGAGAUCGGUCCCAUCAGGUUCGUCCUGGAGCCCUACAAUGGCAGCUUACCACGCCUGCACAUCAAUCCAAACUCAUGGACAAAGGUGGCACACAUCCUGUUCGUCGACUCACCGGUGGGUGCUGGAUUUUCCUUUUCCAAGCAACCCAAGGGGUACGAGGUCGGGGAUGUGUCCUCCUCAUUGCAGCUCCAUGACUUCCUCAUCAAGUGGUUCAGCGACCACCCCAAAUACCUGAAAAAUCCUUUCUAUAUCGGUGGAGAUUCCUAUGCUGGAAAACUUGUGCCAUAUAUCGUGCACAUCAUUUCACAAGGUAUUGAAGCAGGAAAUAGUCCCCGCAUUAAUCUUAAGGGAUAUCUAGUAGGUAACCCGUCGACUGGUGAAAGCAUCGAUAUAAGCUCUAAAGUGCCAUAUGCUCACGGAGUUGGUAUAAUAUCAGAUCAAUUAUACGAGACCAUAUUGGGGCAUUGCCAAGGACAGGACUACAUGUUUCCAACAAAUGAUUUGUGCGCCCAAGCUCUGGAUGAUUUCAAUCAUCUUUUGUCCGAAGUUCAGCAGGCCCAAAUUUUGUUGGACACCUGCGUUUUUGCGUCCGUUCCAGCCCGACCAGAAGCUGAUAGUGGGACCGAGUACUCGGGUGGCUCUGGUAGGAGGAUCCUAGUUGGAAAUCCGCCACCUCGCCCUCCAUUUGGAUGUAUCACCUAUGGGUACUACCUAUCGUAUUUCUGGGCAAAUGCGGAGGUGGCCCGAAAUGCUCUUGGGAUCAAGGAGGGGAGCGUGGAGGAGUGGGUGAGGUGCCACAACGGCGAUCUGCCCUACACAAUCGACCUCAGGAGCAGCAUUGAGUACCACCGGAACGUCACGGCCAAUGGUGGCUACCGUGCGCUUGUAUACAGCGGCGACCAUGACGCGAUGGUGCCGCACCUGGGGACACAGGCGUGGAUAAGGUCACUUGGCUUCCCCAUCGCCCACCAUUGGAGGGCGUGGCAUCUCCAUGGCCAGUCUGCUGGGUUCACCUUAACUUACUCCAACAACAUGACAUUCGCAACCAUUAAGGGCGGCGGGCACACCGCGCCGGAGUACGAGCCCGAGAGGUGCUUCGCCAUGUUUAGCCGAUGGAUACUCGGCGAACCACUCUAGUACUCCUAACAGCAACGACCAAGUAGAGAAGGGGGAAAGCGACACCACUCCACUAAUCAAUGGUUCCUGCUACAACAUAUAGGUGCGUGAUGCCACGCCCGUCUAUAUUGGAGGAAAAACACUUAAAAUAUUUUAGAAAAUAUAGAUACCUCAAAUAUCUUGCUAGGUGCGGUAUAGAUAUACUACGAGACAAAGAAAAUUCUAGCAAGAAAAAAUAAAUCUGCAUUGGUGCAGGAGACAAAGAUUUUACAAAUGCAGGUUCAGAGGGAUCACACCAACGAUAUAUACAACUUGUCGCCAUGCUUACGUUUACAUACAGCUACUCUCCAACUAAAGAUACAAUGAUCUCACAUUAGAUUGACACAUGGCUAUGGCUAUUGCUUUUCAAAUUUCAAUGAAAUUGACACAUGCCUUAUGGCCAUUGCUUGUCCAAUUUCAAUGCCGCCUCCUUGUACGCCAUAUUUAAAGGAAAACGUUUCACGCCGGGGCGCCGGCGGCGCCGGCCGCACCGGUGCACUCGGUUUCCUGUUGCUGCUAGUAGGCCAACCACCCAUCCCUUAUUCUCUCAUCUCUAUUCUUCUCCUCUGCUGCUUUCUUUUUUCUGCUCUUGCCAUGGCGCCCAAUGCCUGCCCCCUCAACACUUCAUGCGGAGCUUGCCGUCGUUGACGGCCAGACCGCCUACUGCCGUGAGACCUCCCUCCCCCAUUGAUGCAAGCAUCUCUCCCCUUCUCUUGCUUCGAAGCUGCCCUCUAGCUGCUGCAUGUACAGAGGGCGUCACACACUCCACCGCACCCCGGUGGUUGAUGCAUGGGUCUGCUGGCGGUUCCGCCUUGCCCGAAGGAAUGCCCUCGAGGCGUUGUUGGAAGCAGGGGCGCCGGCGGCUGUGGGCUAUGGCCAGGAAGAUGAGGCAUGCUCUCCUUUCAUGCCCAACCAGUACCUCUGCUUCAACCAGCCAGAUUGUUUGCUGGGACCGGCAAUGAUUUUUGCUGGAACUAGUGUAUUUAUUUUGCUGGCGAUCAAGCACAUGCUGUCAUUAUUAUGCUGCUACCUUUUUGCUGGAACUAGCUACAAUUUUUACUGGAACCGGCAAUGAAAUUUGCUGAAACCGUUGUCUGAACUU